CACUAUCAAUGCCUGCGACUCAUACUAAGCCAGAGAUAGUCUGACUGCUUGCAACUCUUCGCACACAUCGACACACACCCACAGUUGAGUAAAUAGCGUGUGUUUGCGCCUACGCGCGGGAGUGAAAGAGAGAUGGACACGGGCACGGUUAUGUGGGCGAUUCAGGAGUACGCGACCACCUUGGUGGCCAUGGCCUUGGUGUUACUACUGGUCGCGUACCUGUACGAGCCUUACUGGAAGGUGCGGCAUGUGCCGGGGCCCCUGCCGCUGCCACUCAUCGGCCACCUCCACCUUCUCGCCAUGCAUGGCCCAGACGUCUUUUCCGUGCUUGCCAAAAAGCACGGCCCUAUCUUCAGGUUUCACAUGGGAAGACAGCCGCUGAUCAUGGUCGCAGAUGCUGAGCUCUGCAAGGAAGUAGGCAUCAAGAAAUUUAAGAGCAUGAGUAACAGGAGUAUGCCUUCGCCCAUCACCAACUCCCCGAUCCAUCAAAAAGGCCUCAUGUUCACGAGGAAUACGAGGUGGUCGGCCAUGCGAAACAUCCUCACCUCCAUCUACCAACCAUCCCACCUCGCCGGCCUCAUCCCUACCAUGGAGUCAUACAUCGAACGCGCGGUUACGGACCUGAGCGACGGACAAGAGGUUACCUUCUCCAAGUUCGCGCUGACCCUCUUCACCGACCUCAUCGCCAAGGCAGCGUUCGGUGCGGAUCUUGGUCUGUCAGGAAAGCCGGCGUCCACCGUCAAAGAUCGGAUCGACAGUGCCGCGACGCCUAAAGUACCAGCGGAGUUCGUCAAAAUGCACCUGCAAGCGACCACAUCACUCAAGAUGGACCUGACGGGGUCACUGUCGACUGUCGUUGGGUCGCUCGUCCCAUUCCUGCAUCAACCGUUCCGACAAGUGCUCAUGCGGCUACCAGGCACGGCCGACCGGGAGAUCGAUGAUGUGAACCACGAGCUAAGCAGACAGAUGGAUAUCAUCGUGGCCAACUUGAUGGCGGCGAGGACGCGCGAUCCAGCAUCGCAGCAGCACAAGGACUUCCUGUCUGUUGUCUUUGCGGCGAGGGAGCGGGGCGGCGCUGCUGUACAGGAGCUGCUCACGCCGGACUACAUGAGCGCGCUGACUUAUGAGCACCUCCUUGCUGGAUCCGCGACGACGUCAUUCACCUUGUCCACAGUGGUCUACCUCGUCGCCAAGCACCCAGAGGUGGAGGAGAAGCUGCUCGCAGAACUCGACGCCUUUGGCCCCCUCGACCAUGUGCCCACCGCGGACGAUCUGAAGACCAAGUUCCCUUACCUCGAUCAGGUACUACAGGAAUCGAUGAGGUUCUACAUGGUAUCGCCAUUGGUGGCAAGGGAAACCUCAGAGACGGUGGAGAUCGGUGGCUAUGUCCUUCCGAAGGGCACAUGGGUGUGGCUAGCAUUGGGCGUGCUUGCCAAGGACCCCAUCAACUUCCCUGAGCCAGAGUUGUUUCGCCCAGAGCGAUUUGAUCCCGCUGGCGACGAGGAGAAACGGCGGCACCCGUAUGCGUUCCUUCCCUUCGGCAUAGGUCCUAGGGCUUGCAUUGGCCAGAAGUUCUCCAUUCAAGAGAUAAAACUCGCCAUGGUCCAUUUGUACCGCCACUACGUGUUUCGUCACUCUCCUACCAUGGAGUCACCUCUGGAGUUCCAGUAUGGGAUCGUGGUUAACUUCAAACAUGGAGUAAAACUUCAGGUCAUCAAGAGGCGCAAGGAUUAGAUGGUUCUGUGAUGAAUAUGUGUUUCCUCCAUUACAUCUUUCUCGUGAACUCAUAUUGUGGCAUCUAUCAUAUUUUGAACGUAUUGUGAAUACAAACAUAUAAGUGUAUUGUUGAAGUUCCCUGGCCUCUCUCAUAUAUAUACAACCCGUUUAUUCUAUGAACAUUUUCACAGUAUUAUUCUGUAAACAAUAUAGAACUACAAUACAUAGACUCCC